AUGGGCCGAUCAUCUUCCACAGCAUCGUCUCCCACCGUCUGUGGCACCAAAUUGAAUGCGUAUCCCCCAGUGCGGGUGGCAACGCAUCACUAUGCCUCGAGCGAGACCACGCUGGCCGACAGUCUUCCGUCGAGCCCGCAAUACCAACCUCCGCCGUACGCAGACGAGGCGCAGUCCUGGCCGCCGGAAUACCACGACGAAUUCCUUGAGCGCGAGAAGAGGCACUGGGAGCCGCUACCCAAAAAGACGCUCGUGGUGCGGCUCUGCACGUCGGUGUUCAUCGCCUUCAUCGUUUGCCUCAUCGUCGCUGCUGUGUCCACGGAGCACAUCUACGCCCUCGACCCCAACCUUGACCGCGACGGCAGCGACGACAAGGUCGGUGACGGCAAAGGACACAACAACGGCCUACAGCAGCAUCGCGAGGCCGACCGGUACGAGUGCUGCUACAUACAGCUGCCCAUACAUUGGGGACUCUGCCAACAGCGCAAGGGCAAAGUCCAGCAGUAG